AAAUUAUCUUGAUACAAUUCAGGGGAGAUACUCUUUCUGGAAUCGAACUUCCGGUGCUGACCAUUUUCUGGUUGCUUGCCACGAUUGGGUAUGCCAGCAUAGUAGAAUCUUUGUACUAGAGUUCUUAGAGUAAACCAUUGAAAUGCUCAUUUUCAGUACAUUUUGAUUCAUUCAUUCAAUUUUGGUCUUAUAUUUGAAUUUGCAUAUAUGGUUAAAGUUCAGGGUCAUUGGGUCAAAAUUGAAUCUUUGGUCUGAGUUCAGGGUCAUUUGAAUUUUUUGGUCUAUAUUUUCAGUACAUGAUGCAAUGCAUGCAUGAGAACGUAAGAGGGUAACUGUAUUCACAAACAUACUGAAGCUGAAGCCGAGAAGUUUUUUGUUUUGGCAGUAAUAAGUUUUUGGACAAAAUUAUCUUCAGUUGUUGGUGUCUUUUACAUCAUCCUUGAUUUAAUCCAAAAGAUUGGAUUUUGACCAGAACUGUAAGGCCUUUUUGCGAUGAGUGGAAUAAUGGAAUGAGAAGUGAGCUUGUGGGUUUCAUUGAAAUAUGAUGCAAGCAAAUGAUGGUGAAAAGCAGGAUUAGGAUUUAAAGGAACAAUUCAGAUGAUUGGAGGAUUUACUAUGUCAUAUCUUUGAAUUGGUUUAUUUAGUUUGACCGUUUUAUGUUGCUCAUUGUAAUCAGAAAAGUCAGGAUUGUUUGAUACAUUUUCAGGCACCCGAGGAAACUAAAGCCAUGAUGUCGAAUUGCAUACGAGUUCUCUGCAAUGCUGACAUAAGAGAGGGAUUCCAGUUAGGCAAGGAUGCAUCGCUUCCAGAGACAUCUGUACACUCACCUCAAUUCCCCUCAGGAGGAAGAGGAGCAUCAUUGGGAGGUAAACCUGCUUCCCAAAGGCGAAUCCUCGCUUUCUUUGCCGGUAAAAUGCAUGGUUACCUCCGCCCAAUCCUCUUAAAGCAUUGGGAAAACAAAGACCCCGAUAUGAAAAUUGUUGGCCGGAUGCGCAAAUCCAGCUACAUUCAUCAUAUGAAGAGCAGCAAGUACUGCAUUUGUGCAAGAGGCUACGAAGUUAAUAGUCCAAGGUUAGUCGAGGCGAUCAUGUAUGGCUGUGUUCCGGUGAUCAUAUCAGACAACUUCGUGCCUCCUUUCUUUGAAGUCCUGAACUGGGAAAAAUUCGCCGUCUUUGUUCUGGAGAAAGACAUUCCGAAUUUGAAAACAAUACUCCUGUCAAUCUCGGAAAGGAGGUAUGUGGUGAUGCAACAGAGAGUGAACCAAGUAAGGAAGCAUUUCUUAUGGCAUAAUGUGCCCCUGAAGUAUGAUGUUUUUCACAUGAUACUUCACUCCAUCUGGUACAACAGGGUUUUUCAAAUGUAGUUUCUGAAUAGGGCAAGAAUUUUAUCACCCGAGGAAUCACAUGUUUCUGCUAUAGUAUUCAUUGCAGUCUGCAACAAAUAGCUUAGCAGGAGAAUCUUGCCCUUUAUUUAACUUAGAUUCAGUUGUAUUGUUUCUGAUAGACUAAUGAUAAGAAGGCUAAACCUUUAUAUGUUAAGUGGCAAGUAUGGACUGUGUCGAAUUCAGCUAUGGCCUAAUGGCUAAUGGUGGGUCAUAAAACUGAUGAUAAUUACCCUAAGUAAAUGUAUUCUUCCUGAGUUCCAGUCAACUUUCAUUUGGU